AUGAGUUUACACAUCUUCCACCGGGUCACACACGAUGAAACCGAGUUACAUGCGAGGCUUGACGUCACGCCCGAGACCCGCUUGCGAGCCGUGUCUGAAGAUGGCGAGGAAACAGAAUACCUCGCAUCGGAAUCACCACUUCUGGCGACAUCCAGCCCCUUGAAAAUACAUCGACUGGCCGACCGACGAAUCUCCGUGGUCGAGGGACACUUAGCAGCUGCCCAGUCUUCGGGCUCUGCGUCGGCUCUCUCUCCACAAGAAUGGGUCAUGGACACUCUGCCCGGGCCCAACAUUACGGACAAACAGACAGUCCUGAGUUUUGCAGAAAUGACUGCAAACGACUAUAUUCAAGAACCGGGAACGGGCGAGUGGCAUACCAUCCAUGGUCAAUUUAACUACUCAGGGAGUUUUGGAUGGCAGAAGGACGGGCUUAGAGGGCAUAUCUACUCCGACAAGUCUAACAGCACCAUCGUCAUUUCCCUGAAGGGGACUUCGCCCGCUUUGUUCGAUGGCGCUGGUACCACUACCAACGAUAAAGUUAACGACAAUCUAUUCUUCAGUUGUUGUUGUGGCCAAGGAGGCUCUUAUCUAUGGAGGCAGUCGUGCGACUGCCAGACCAAAACAUAUACUGCAAAUUUGACUUGCAUCGUCGAAUCUAUGAAUGACGAAAACCACUACUACAAGCAGGCCUUGGAUCUUUAUUCUAACGUCACCGAGAUCUACCCGGACGCGAAUGUUUGGAUGACCGGCCACUCCUUGGGUGGCGCGAUGACCAGCCUGGUCGGGUUGACAUACGGAUUGCCCGUAGUGACUUUCGAGGCCGUGCCGGAAGCCUUGCCUGCAGCUCGACUUGGGAUUCCUAGCCCACCAGGCUAUGACUCGCGACUUCCGCAGGCGCGACAAUUCACUGGAGCUUACCAUUUCGGGCAUACCGCAGACCCAGUUUACAUGGGAACUUGUAAUGGAAUCAACUCGAUCUGCACAUGGGGUGGUUACGCAAUGGAGUCAGCUUGUCACACUGGUCAGGUGUGCGCCUAUGACACGGUCGGGGAUAAGGGCUGGCGUGUGGGCCUUGGCACCCACAAGAUUGAGAAUGUGAUCUCCGACGUGAUUAAGAAAUACGAUACAGUUCCAGCAUGCGUUGCGGAGGAAGAGUGCUACGACUGUGAGUUGUGGAAAUUUUUUAAAAGCAAUGGGUCCGAGAUUACGACUACCACCUCUACGACAACGGCCACCUCUUUCACAAGAACCUCUACAUGCAAGACCCCUGGGUGGUGGGGAUGUUUGGAUUCAAGUACCACUGGCGCCACUACGACCGCCCCAACUACUACCGCUACCACUACGACAUGCAAGACCCCUGGUUGGUUCGGCUGCAAUGACCCUACCACUACUACAGCUGCCCCCAUAUCCACAUUUACGACUACUCUGCCUACCAUGACUUCGAGUACCACUUGCCACAGUCCAGGGUGGUUUGGUUGCAAUGACCCUACUACUACAACUGCCGCACCCGUGUCCACAGUAACCACCACUUUCCCGGCAGCGACUCCGAGCACCAGUUGCCACACCCCAGGGUGGUUUUGGUGCCGUGAUCCUACCAGCACAUUGUCAAACACAGCCGCUGGCUUGGUAGCAACACCAACCUCUCGCUGA